CCUGCUCAGCUGCCGCAGCGGAGCAGCAGCGGGAAGGCGUCCGGAGCCGCCGUCGCAGCUGUGCCGGCGGGGGAAGGCUCCCCGCAGCCCGGGGGGUGCCCCCAGCGGGGCCGGGGGUGCGGGCGGGCACCCCACCAUGGCCUUCACCAUGCUGCGCCCUGUGGCCGCCCGCGUGCUCUACCCCGACCUCAGCAUGCUCUCGGAGGACGAGGAGAACCGCAGCGAGAGCGACACGUCGGACCAGUCGUUCGGCUGCUGCGAGGGCGCCGAGGCUCGCCGCAAGCUGCCGCGGAAGCCGGGGCCGAUGGUGAUGGUGAAGCAGAGGCAGGCGGCGAACGCACGGGAGCGGGACCGGACCCAGAGCGUCAACACGGCCUUCACCGCCCUGCGGACCCUCAUCCCCACCGAGCCGGUGGAUCGGAAGCUGUCCAAGAUCGAGACCCUCCGCCUGGCCUCCAGCUACAUCUCCCACCUGGCCAACGUGCUGCUGCUGGGCGAGGGCUGCGAGGACGGGCAGCCCUGUUUCAGUGCCAUCUAUGGCGCCAAGGGCGACCUGGACAGCAAACAGCCCCGCAGCAUCUGCACCUUCUGCCUCAGCAACCAGCGGAAGGGGGGCAGUCGGAGGGACCUCGGGGGCAACUGCCUGAAGGUGCGAGGGGUGACGCCCCUGCGAGUGUCGCGGAGAUGAGCCGGGCUCCGGCAGCACCCACCUGACACAGCGGCACAGGCAGACAGAGCCCGCACACGCCAGCCCAGAGACCGCAGCGGGGAGGGAGGGAGCUGCUCACCUGAGGUGGCAGCGGCCGAGCCCAGGCUGGCACCACACCAACACUGGCCCUGGAGCCGGCAGUGGGGCGGGAGGACGCUCCCGUGGCCCAGGCUGCCCACGCGGGGCAGGGCCGGGGAGGGGGGUCCCCGCGCCCCGGGGCUGGACUGGAAGGGGCCUAUGUGCAGCCGGCGUCGAGGCGCUCCGGGGGGACAGUGUCGUGGCCCUGGGGAUGCUGGUUGUGCACGUGCAGCCGCUUGGAAAAUAAAACCUUAUUUUUCUGA